AUGGAUGCCAAUGUCGAUGCAAUCGAUACCGAUGAUGAUGAUGACGACGAUGCUGGUAUAUUCAGCAUCGCCAACGACCACCGCAGUGAGGACAAUGAUUCCCUCACUGGCGAAGACAAUAUUCUUUCAGUAUUGCACACGGAGCGCACUGCUGUUGACAAGGAUGAAUCAGCAGAGGAGUUUUUGCUGACUCGCGAAGCGGUUGUCCGCUUCAUUCAAGAGUCUAUUGUAAAUGUAAUAGACAAUCAGAAAAGAAACGCAGACAAACAUGGAAGAGCAACUGUUCUCUCAUUUGAUGAAGGAGACCUAGUUUUGCUGUCUACAGUAAACCUACCAAAACACGCAGUGACAAACGUGGGCAGCAGUAAAUUACUGCCCAAGUACAUUGGUCUAUUUCGUGUGUUGCGCCGAAUGGGCAACGCAUACACGAUUGAAAUGCCCUGUAAGAUUCAUACGCAUCCUACGUUUUGCGUCGGUCGUCUCCGCCCGUACUAUCAGUACGAGCUCGUUUCGAGAUGCGAAGAACACCUCCGCGGUCGAGAGCCGAGACCACCUUCGAGUGGUCCCGUUUCAACGAGCCAGUCUGGUCGACUAGUGAAGCGACCUGUUCACGCAGUUCAGCGAUGUCUCGACGAGCUACAGCCAGCUCGUCACGAAGAUAACGAGUCGAACGUUCGUUCUCAAGUUGCGCGAACGCAAAACAGCACGAUCGUCCGAACGAUCGUGCGUUAG